AUGAGGCCCAGUCUGAGUGUGUACGGAUCUAACGGACGGGAUGGUGGGACAGAAUCCACGCUGAAGAGACACGGAUACUACUGUCGGUCGCGGAGAGCAGGCAGUACGCCUACGCCUCGGACUCGAUCUUGUAUCGCGUGUGCGAGAAGAAAGGCGCGUUGCGAUAACCAGCGGCCCGAAUGCUCGCGGUGCAUCUCCAAGGCCAUCGAAUGCCAUUAUCCAACCCACACGCCCAAAAGCACCGGGCUCGGGCCAAGAGCGCCGUCGUUGGUGGCAGAUGCUCCUCCUUCUCCUGCUGGGGUCGCAAAUGGAAGAGGUCAAGCAACAGGCAAUGGUGGUGAUCGUGAUCAUAAUCAUGGCCAUGCUGAGAUUCUCAACCAUGCCCCUGUCACAUCAGACCCCGAGUUCGCGUAUCUCGGAGCAGACUAUCUUGACUGGAACGACCCAAGUGUCGAUUUCGCCGACUUUCUGCAUCACGACGGAAGUGUCAAAUCCCCAUCCCAAUCUCGUUCAUCGGAGUCGUCAUCUUGGGUCCCUCGGUCGACCUCUUCGACGGGUCUUUCCUCCAAGUCCGUUGAGGGACAACUGGUCGUCUCUUCUCCUAAUUUGUCGAUACCGAUCCCAAUACCAAUCUCGACACUGUCCAAUUACGCUCUCCGGUCAUUCAUCCAGCGCCCGAAAAUCAAGACUGGCCAUCAGAGGAUCGCCAACCUCAUCCUGCACACGCUGAAGUCCUAUCCUCUGAUGAUGCUGCGCGACAACACUCUCCCGCCCUUCAUCCAUCCGCAUUUGAUCUCUUCCGACGAUGUGGAGAGUAACCAUACCCGGAACGACAUGGAGCCAUUGACCAACUGCAUCAAUCUGGUGCGUAUGAUCAGCGGCGGCGUCCGGGGGAGUCGAAAGUUGUUCUGGAAGAAUGUCGGGCUGGAAUGUGAACGGAUGUAUGCCGAGCAUCUGGAGUUGAACAAAUGGGAGCUGCUUGCUGCCAUGCAAGCCCUCUCCAUCUACAUUCUCAUCCGCAUGGACGAAGGCGAGACAGACCACAACAACUAUGAUUUCCAAUUAGUUGCCGCCGUCACCGUAAUCGCACAACAACUCGGCCGCGUCAGCUCCUUCGUCCCGCAGACUACGCGACGCAACGCCGCUGUCGAGAGGUGGAGAGAUUGGGUUUAUGAGGAGUCAAGACAACGGCUAGCCGUGGUCUAUCGAGUCGUCAACAUGCUCGUUUAUUUCGAACCGGCGUCCAUGUGCACUCUGCAGACGGAUCUUGUUCUCGCCCCGCUCCCGGCAAAGAAACAGCUGUGGGAAGCACGCGACGAGUCUGAGUGGACGGCAGCAAGCGAGAGAGACCCUGGGAGUCGGACUGCCUUUGGACUGGCUGCCAACGGCGAGCUCGUCAAACUCGACGAGGGCCAGCUCCUCUGUGGCAGUGGCGGGGUGCUGCUCUACCAUCCUUUGGACCUUAUGACUUCCACUUCCCCUUCCACUUUGUCCAGGGCUUCAACUUCUUCGCAUUGGGAGGAGUGGUGCGCGGGAAUGGACGGGUUUGGCGGGCUGGUCAUGCUUGCGGCUUCUUUGAUCGCUUGA